AUGGAGAGGAGCAGGAGAGGAGAAAGAGGAGGAAAAUUGGGAGGAAGAAGGGAUGAGCAGGGGAAUCAGGAGGAUGAUGAGGAAGAAAGAGAGGAAAGAGAGAAGGAGGAGAAGGGGAAUAAGGAGGAUGCUGAGGACGAGGAGGAGGAGGACGAGGAGAAGGAAGAAGAAGUUAUAUCCUCUAUGUCUAAAUGUUGUUCAAAAUUUACGUAGAAGGGAGGAGUUGGAGGAGGGAGAGAGAUAGGUGUGUCCAUGGACUGGGCCGAAUUAGGUAUGUGAAAUUUUUUUCGGGCCGAGCCAGAGUAGUGUAAGCCCAAGCUCUUACCCAAGUGAGUUAUCGGAUGGGCUGGACUAGGCUUUGAGUAAGGGUAGGCUACCCGCAGCCCAACCUGUG